CGGAAACGGGUAGAGUCAUCACCACUAAGGAUGUCUAAUUCCCUGAAAAAACUAGAGAAAUCCCUGUUCCGCCAAAGGAACAAGCACCUGAGCCAUGCCUAGGACCAACGACGAGCCCACCACAAGUCUCACCAGUAGCUCGAACAGUACACAGAUCGAUCGUGCAGGCACCAGCGGAGGCACACCCCGUUCCUUCAACACACUCUUUACAAGUCGAAAGAGAAUACUCCAUUCCAUGGGAUGAGCUUAAGCGAUUUGAGCGCCUUGCGCAGCCAGAGCAGGUCCUUCGUGGCUUCUUCAAACACCACAAAUUCGGCCAUGUUGCAACAAGCCAGGCACAUUCUCAGAUAUCUUGCGGGCCAACCAGAAGCCACAUUAACACUAGGCAAACGCCCAGAACGGCGCCUAGAAGCUUUCGUCGACGCCGGAGACGAGGCAACGGUAAAUUCGUGGAGUCCUACAUCUUCUUCUACGCUGGCUGUCCAAUCAAAUUCUGGUAUCCUCGUCCAGUCGAAUUGAGUGCUGCGAUCGUCAUCUGGCCUAUCAGAAGGCCGCGUUUCUAGUAUUUCGUUCCUUUUGGCUUACGCAAGGUGGUUGUUUGGAUUUGGCUCUCAGUGUCAACUAGACAUCGAACAAUGGCCUCAACAGGCCACAACGGAACAGCAAACAAAUGCCUCGACGUCUAGCUAAGCACAGAAAAACUCGAUAAGUAGGCGUAGAAUGAUGUAUGAUGAUGGCUAACAAGGCAGCAGGCAAUACUACGGCUAUUUAUACGGCUAUUUAUCUGUAUAUGAUGAUCACCGAUUGGCCAACUGGUGCCUAGGUACCACAAGCGAGAUGGAGCAGGAGGUGGCGGCGGCGGCGCAUCAUAUAUCCGAGAGGCUACCAACAAAUGUUCAAGAAAGGAAGGCUUUUCCUUUACAGAUUUAGACAGCUGUUGAUGCCUUGGAUGCGCCAGGUCUAGAAAUGCUCUAGACAUUGGUGAUCUCUGUAUUCAUAUAGAGGAAUUAAUACCCAUGUUGUGAUGCCAGUGACAGGGAUAACGUGUCGGCUUACCGCCGCAGUACCUUCAGCUGAAGAGACCAUCUCGCAUCUACUCGAAAUGGAUAAUCCGAGCCAAAUAUUUUACCAUGCAGCAUCGUGACAAGAAAACUGGAAUCCUUUCUCGGCCGGAUGAGAGGGAACGCUGUCCUUGACUCGCCUAUUAUAUGUUAAAUGAGCUUAGCGCGGUGUCAUGGAUGUAAAGGAUGACAUGAGUAUUGAAAAACCUAUAAAGCCUGGUGAACUUCUUCGUUGCUGAGCCCAUAAAGGUUCCUGCCCAUCACGUCGAUCAUAUAACCCCAAGAUCCAAGAUGAAUUUCUCUCUCCCAAUCUUACUCGCCGUCGUGGCGUCCGUUCUCCCCGGAAUUACGGCUCUACCUUAUCCAGUCGAAGGAGACAUAUCUACUUUGCAGUCAUGCUGGAUUGCAUGUUGGGAUGCAAGCAUCACCUGUCCCAAGAUACAGCCUUAUCCAAAACAAGAUGGG